UAUUAAUACAAUUACAAUGUUGUAAAAACAAUAACAGACAUUUUACCUUCAUUAUUUUACCUUCGAAACAACACCGUUGCAUCAAACAACGACGAAAUUUCUUCCGGUACUACCGCAAGUUAGGAAAUGAUAUUAUUUUCCUCUCGUCUACUUGAUGAGGAAUCGGUGUUGAUAUCGAGAUAGCGUCGAACGAUUUCCCAGUUUUCUUAUUCGAAAUCGUAUUUUUAUAUGAUUUUUGUACUAUAAUAUAGAUUCGUAUUAAUUAUUAAGAAACUUUCCGAAAGUAUAAAAACAUUUUUUUAAAUGAAUGUGUCACUUACUUAGGGAAACCUUCAAUUUCUUCAAAUAAGCAUAUUAAACAUGCUUCAUUUAUUUUUGUAUUUGAUUACGAGUUAUUAAUGUGUGUACAUGUUUUUCCUGUAUCAAAAUUUUAACAAGAAAAAAUAAGAUUUUAAAAUCCAGAAAAUAUUUAAAUGAAUUAGCAAGUAAUUAAGGAAAUUUUUUUAACGUUUUAGAUAACUGAUAAUUAGUACAUGUCAUAUUACACAUGUGUAUUGGAUUUGAUAAUAAUGCUUACGUCGUUCAGUGGUACAAGCUAAAUAACCUAGAAGAAUGUUUUUUUUUCUCCUUUUUUAAGUAAAAUGAAGCAAUAUAUCCUAUUAUUUAGUUAAUUGUAAUAAAUUACACUAUUUUACAUGUCGUAAGAAACUUCAUAGUUUUAAGAAGGUAAGGACAAGCAUCAAGAGAAGUCUGUGAUAUAAAUACAUCAAAUUAAGACAUAAAAAUUUAUGGAAAUAAAUUGAUAGUAAAUAUAAACAAUAGUGUGAAGAAGCACCUCAAAUGGAAGGAACAGAAGAAGAUCGUUCUGAAGAAUCUGAUAACAAUGAAAAUGCCAAUGACAACGAUAAUGCCGAUAAUAAUGAUAAUGCUGAUAAUAAUGCAGAGAUUGAAGUCGAACCAGAAGACACAAAAGAUGACGAAUCAAAGGCAAAGAAAGCAAAAGAAGAAAUUAUAGAUGAGUCUGAUGUUGAUUCUGAUCAAUCUUGCCCUAUAUGUAUGGACCUAUGGACUAGUUCAGGAGAGCAUCGUUUGUGUUGUUUACGCUGCGGACAUUUAUUUGGAUAUAGUUGCAUUUUAAGGUGGCUACAAACUUCUUGUACUAGUGCAAAUCGUCGUUGCCCUCAAUGCAAUAGAAAAGCUGCUGCUAAAGAUAUUAGAAUGCUGUAUGCCAAGAAAUUAACAUCCAUAGAUACUGCUGAAUUAAAUCAAUUGAAAGAACAAUUAAAUAAUGUUACAGCUGAAAAAAAUCGCGUAGAAAUGGAGUUAUCAAAGUACAUGCUUAGACAAAAAUUAUUUGAGCAACAAGUAGUUAGUAUGCAAAACCGUAUAUCUGAAUUAGAAAGUCGGCAAUCAGAAAUAAGUGUGCAUUCCAGUCAGAGUAUUACUAAACAUGCGAUUAAAAAGUUUCAUUUAGAUCGAUCCAUAGAAAUAUGUAAGGAUGGCGGUUGUCGAGUAUUGGACUACAAUCCAUGGCAUGGAUUCCUAGCUGUCUCUCAGAAAUCAGUAAAUACAUUAUUUUCGGGUUAUGGGAUUAAAAAAAUCGAUGCCGACAAAUUUCAACCACGUCAAUUUAUUUUUCUACAUUCGCAAGCUAUAAGGGACAUUACAUUUAAUACAACCCAGCAGUCAAUAUUGCUUAGUGUCGGUUUUGAUAAGUGCGCGAAAUUAAUGGACAUUCAAAAUCAUUUUAUCAUGCAUACUUAUCAAACAGAUUUUCCAUUGUGGAGUUGUUGUUGGUCAGGUGAUAAUUCAAAUAUAUUUUUCGCGGGUGCACAAAACGGAUCUAUAACACAAUUCGAUAUCAGACAAACUUCUGGAGCCAUAGAAACUUUAGAUAGUCCAGGCGACAGAUCGCCUGUAGUUUCUCUGGCGACAGUACCCUCUAAUCCUGGAAGUGGCAUCAGUCGAGGAGGAUUCAUUGCAUGUCGUUUAAAUACAUGUUAUGCGUAUGAACAGAAAGAGUCGAAAUAUAUACCUAAACAAAUAUUUCUUGAAGGACCAUUUGUAUCUGUAUGUUAUGAUGAAAAAAAUAAUCAUGCUUUAAUAUCUUCCCGUCCAAAUGCAAGACAACCUCAUGCUAGACACAUAGUAUGUACCAUAGAAAAGGGUAACGACGAAUCGACCAUUUGUAAUGUUGUACACACGUUCCAUGCUGGUAAUUCUCAGCAAUUAUUAUCUCGACCAUGUUACGUGAACAUUGAGAAUGAUACGUUAGUUGCUGCACAUCAAGAAUCCACAAGCUGCAUAUCUUUGUGGAGUAUGUCUACUGGAAAACAAGUGAAUACUCUACCUGUGUCUGACCCUGUUAUCGAUAUGUGUGCAGUUGACAUUAAUAGUAAUUUAUUUUUAUCAACACUUUCUGCAAAAAAAGUUAGGAUUUAUAGUCAUGGAUAAGAAUCAACAUAGCAUAGAAAUCAUAAUUUAAUAAAAACAAUCUGACUGCCAGUAUUGAAUUCUUUAAUGCAUUUUGUAAUCUAAAGUCUGAAUAAUAUCUCUCUGCAUGAAAGAUGUGAUAGAAACUGAUGUACAUAGUUAAAAAUGAAAGUUUGUUACAAGUACAGUUUGGGUCUUUUAUUAUUGAUAGUACAAAAGUUCUCUCUGUAUGCAUAUGUGUGUGUGCGUGCGUGUAAUUUAAACUGAGGACAGUAAAAAUAAAUUUACAAGUUACCAUUCUAUAAUAAUACACAUCUGCACUGAGUAUUUUUUUAUGACUACUGCAAACAAUAUUUAAAAAUAAGAUAAUAAUAAAAAUAAGUAUAUUUAUAUAUAAAUGUAAGUAAUGUAAUUUAUAAUAACUUGAAAAAUGUACUGAACUUAAGAUUAACAUGUAUAUAUUUUUUAAUAGAUAAUUGUUAUUCAUAUAGUAAAAAUCAAUAUGUUAAAAGGGAACUUUUGUAUAAGCAUUUUCAAUGCUAGUACUGAAAAAGUUAUUUAUUAAUAUUUUUGAAAUAUUAAAUUACAUUUGAAAUGUU